AUGGAUAUGGAAGGCACAAACACUCCUACAUCCACAGGUGCAUCUUGUCCUGGCAUUCCACCCCCAGAACAACCGAUUGAUAUUCCCAUUCUAAUAGUUGAUGAGUCUAGCGGACCAAUAGGCUCUUCGGUAGGCACUCCUAGUGCCUUUAAUUCUACCCCUCGCCCUCCACCUGGUAGUAGAAAUCCUAAGAAUAAGUUUGAGCUUCAUACGAUGGAUAAAUCUUGGAUGCAUAUUGAAGAUAGAUUGCAUUCCAGUGAGUAUGCUGAAGGGGUUAGACAAUUUAUCGCUAUGGCCAUUUCCCACACUGCUAAUCCUGAUCAGAUUAGGUGUCCAUGUAGAAGAUGUCGGAAUAGAGCUUUCCACUCCAUUCGUACAAUUGAAGAUCAUUUGUUCUUUAGAGGGAUUGAUCCAUCUUAUACACCAUGGAUAUUCCAUGGAGAAGAUGAUCCAUUCCUUUCUGCCACUUUUUCUGACGAAGACGAAGAUGAUACGUUGGCUCAUAGUGAUUAUAUUGAUGAUCUCGAUGAGCUUUUAGAUGACAUCCGUCAUGGGUCAUCUAUGGAAAAUCAUAUCAUAAAUGACGGAUCGUCUUAUGCACAUGAUCAACCCUCCGCCUCUAAUGCUCCUGUCAACUCUAAUUUCGAGGACUUGGUAGCUGAUGCACGACGUCCACUCUAUCCUACAUGUACUAAGUUCUCAAAGCUAUCAUUCAUCGUCAAGCUUCUUCACAUCAAGAGCAUCGGUGGGUGGACGGUGAAGUCCUUCGAUAUGGUCUUAAAGCUCUUGCAUGAGGCAUUUCCUGAUGCCUCAUUCCCUGACUCAUAUCAUGAUGCCCGUCGCUUGGAGCGGGGAUUGGGCUUUAGUUACGAAAAGAUCCAUGUGUGCCCAAAUGAUUGUGUAUUGUUUUGGAAGGAAAAUGCAUCGUACAAUGAAUGCCCCAAGUGUAAGGCAUCUAGGUGGGAGCAAAGCACAAUUCAGGGACGAAGGAUACCACAAAAAGUACUCCGACAUUUUCCCCUUAAGCCGCGCUUGCAGAGGUUAUAUAUGUCAAAGAAGAUAGCCCAAGACAUGAGAUGGCAUGUAGAUGGACGUGUUGACGAUCCGACGUGCAUGCGACACCCAUCAGAUUCGAAGGCUUGGAAGGACUUUGAUAACAAACAUAUGGGAUUUUCCAAAGAUCCUCGCAAUGUUAGACUUGGUUUGGCCAGUGAUGGGUUUAACCCGUUCAACAACAUGAGUAGACCGUACAGCAUUUGGCCAGUACUGCUUGUGCCGUACAACUUGCCCCCCUGGGCCUGCAUGAAAGAACCAUACACCAUGCUGUCGUUGUUAAUACCUGGCCCUAAGUCACCAGGUAAUGACAUUGAUGUCUUUUUGCGUCCGUUACUUGAUGAAUUGAAGGAGUUAUGGGAAGAGGGUAUUCGUACCUAUGAUGCAUACCGUGGGGAACACUUUAUGUUGCAUGCAGCGCUACUGUGGACAAUCAAUGACUUCCCCGCAUAUGCCAAUCUUUCUGGGUGGAGUACAAAGGGCAAGAUGGCAUGCCCUCAUUGCACAUCUGACACAAAUUCACAAUGGUUGGUAUAUGGCCGCAAGCAUUGCUAUAUGGGUCAUCGACGAUGGUUGGCCCCAGAUCACAGUUGGAGACGGAAAAAGAAUGCUUUUAAUGGUCAUGAAGAGCACCAACUCCAACCAUCAAGGGUCGAGGGAGAGGAAUUGCUACAACAAUUAAGUCAAUUGUCAAAUGUUCAGUUUGGUAAAUCUUCUUCGAAAAGGAAACGAUCUCCCAAUCAUCUUAAUUGGACGAAAAAAUCAAUAUUUUUUCAGCUUCCUUACUGGUUAUCCUUAGGUUUGAGACAUAAUCUGGACGUCAUGCACAUCGAGAAAAACAUAUGUGAUAACGUCCUGGGAACAUUGUUGAAUAUUGAAGGAAAAACUAAGGACUCUGCCACUGCACGAAAAGAUUUGGAAAAUCUUGGAAUAAGGAAAGAAUUGCAUUUACAACAUGAUGGCGAGUCUACAACCAUGGGUCUUGGUUGCUAUAUGUUAAAUUUGAAUGAGCGAAGGGCUUUUUGUGCAUGGUUGUCAAAAGUUAAAUUCCCUGAUGGGUUUGCAUCCAAUAUUGCCCGGUGUGUCAAUGCUACCGAGGGAAAGAUCAGUGGAAUAAAGAGCCAUGAUUGUCACGUAUUUAUGCAAGCACUAUUGCCGGUCGUGAUUGGUGGGUUCUUACGGGCCGAUGUGCGUCAAGCCUUACUAGAGUUGAGUUGGUUCUUCAAAGAAUUAUGUUCUCGAAAGGAGGCUCUACUUGCAGGACCCGUGCAAUACAGAUGGAUGUAUCCUUUUGAGAGGUAUCUAGGAAAGUUCAAGCGGUACGUCCGCAACAGAGCCCGGCCUGAAGGCUCAAUUGCUGAGGCAUAUGUGCAUCUCGAGUGCCUUACAUUUUGCUCUAUGUACCUCCAUGAUAUAGAAACUAAGUAUAAUCGAGAGGAACGCAAUAGUGAUGUAGGUAUUGGUUCCACAGAGGAGGGGAAUAGGGCAAGUUUAUCAGUUUUCUCACAAAAAGUCCGACCAUUGGGGACAGGGCACUCCCACAAAUUAUCCGACAUACUAAUGGUCAAGGCCCGAUGGGAGCACUAUAACAAGAUGCAAGAAGAGAACCCUGAUAACAUCGAUCAUAGGCACCAGAGUCAGUUUCCAUCAUGGUUCAGGGCACGGAUUCGAGAGCUGCGUGCAGUUAGGCCAACAGAGGUAACCGAGGACAUAUAUGCAUUAGCAUGUGGUCCAGAUCCUUGGGUCGCAUCUUAUAACGGAUGCAUAAUGAAUGGUGUGCGAUUCCAUACAAAAGAGCGUGAAAGGCAUCGCCGCACUCAAAACAGUGGGGUUGUGGUUCAUGGCGAGCAUCGGGGAUCCCCUGUUGACUUCUACGGUGUGUUGCAUGAUAUUAUAGAAAUACGCUACAUGGGUUGGCGUAAGGUUUAUAUAUUUCAAUGCACUUGGUAUGACGUUGGCGACCCGAGAAGGGGGAUACGGGUUAGGGAACACCUAACGUUGGUCAAUACUGCUAGGCAAUGGUAUAAAGAUGAGCCUUUUGCCCUUGCGUGCCAAGCAAGUCAAGUAUUUUAUUUGGCCGAUCCAAUUUUGGGUGGAAGUUGGCAGGUCGUCCAUAAGGUAACAACUAGAAAUGUUUACAACCUUCGUGCAGUGGAUGCUGUUGGGGAUGCGCAUGAUGAUGGUGAGUCAACUUGGGGUGACUCAGAAGAUGAAGAUCGCAAUAAUCUGGACAACGUUCCCCCUAUUCUGAAUGUGGAUGAAUCCAUGCCCGAUCCAUUGAACCGACUCGAUCAAGAGCAUUUGCAAGUUGAUGCAACAAUGGUACAACGUCAAGACCCGUCCCAACCAGUUGACGAUGAUGUCUUUAAUGAGGCUGACCCACUUGACGAUGAAAUGGGGAUGGAGGACAUUAGUGCCACUGACAACUCGGACAACGAGUCCGACCAUCCUCUAACUAGGGAGGAUGAUGAUGAUUGCAAUAAGAUUUGA